GUAAAUACAUUAGGCGCGGUACAGGAGGAAAAGGGGAGGAAUUACUAGUGUAAAUAAAGAAACCCCCACCAGAGGGCCUAAAUGAGCUCCGCCCUUCAGGUUUGGUCCUCAAAUAGAGGAAGUGAGGAAAAAGAAGUGUUGGUCUAGCUACCGGCAGGCUUCCGGUAUAGUGUCGCAAAGAGGGCGUAAAUCAGAGAACCUCGUGUAGCCCCUCCCACAAUGGGCGGCCCUAGAGAAAACUGACCAAUGGUGAGGGGCAGAACGGACAGUUACCCAAUGGCUCUGGAAUGGGUGGAAUUCUGCGGAACUCCGCUUCCCUAGUUCAGGCCCGGAGUUCUGCGUUUCUGCGCACGUGGUGAUCUACGUGGCGUAGACUCGGCUUGAAUGUGAAGUUCAGUAGAGCGACCUGAGGUAAUGGGGCCAGCCCCCGCCGGAGAACACCUGCGCAGAACGGCUGGGGAGCCAGAGGUGAUGGAACCAGCCCUGGAAGGCGCAGUCCAGGAGGGGAGGAAGAUGUCUAAAAGAAAGCGCUCAGUGCCUGGGUCCCCAGCAGAGAGCCUCCUGCAGCCCGUGAAGCUCAGCCGGGAAGAACUGUACAAGGAGCCUACCAAUGAAGAGCUGAAUCGCCUUCGGGAAACUGAGAUCCUGUUCCACUCCAGCUUGCUUCGUUUACAAGUAGAGGAGCUACUAAAGGAAAUAAGGCUGUCAGAGAAGAAGAAGGAUCGGAUUGGUGUCUUUCUGCGGGAGGUCAACCAGUGUAUCAAGAAGGUGCCUUCGAUCCCUGAGACAGAGCUAAUUGACCAGGCAUGGCUCCCAGCUGGAGUUCGAGUCCCCCUCCACCAAGUGCCCUAUACUGUGAAGGGCUCUUUCUGCUUCUUACCUCCAGCCCAGGUCACUGUUGUGGGCAGCUACCUUCUGGGCACCUGUAUCCGGCCCAACAUCAAUGUGGAUAUGGCACUCACUAUGCCCAUGGAAAUCCUACAGGACAAGGACCUGCUGAACCAGCGUUAUUUCCGAAAGCGUGCUCUUUACCUGGCCCACUUGGCUCACCACCUGGCCCGAGACCCCCUGUUUGGCAGUGUUCACUUCUCCUACACCAAUGGCUGCCACCUGAAACCAUUGCUGCUGCUUCGGCCACGUGGAAAGGAUGAGCACUUGGUCACUGUACGCCUAUAUCCGUGCCCUCCGCCUAACUUUUUCCGUCCAUGUCGCUUGCUGCCAACUAAGAACAAUGUGCGCUCCACCUGGUACCAAGGACAGAGUCAUCUAGGGGAUGGUAAACCAGAGCCCCCUACCCCCCACUAUAACACAUGGGUCCUGCAGGAUACAGCUCUUGAGUCUCAUAUGCAGCUGCUUUCAACUGUGCUGAGCUCUGCCCAGGGGCUGAAGGACGGUGUGACACUUCUGAAGGUCUGGCUGCGGCAGCGGGAGCUGGACAAGGGCCUGGGUGGGUUUAAUGGGUUCCUUAUCUCCAUGCUGGUUGCCUUCCUCGUGUCCACACGCAAGAUCCACACUACCAUGAGUGGCUACCAGGUCCUGAGAAGUGUCUUGCAGUUUCUGGUCACCACAGAUCUGACAGUUAAUGGAAUCAGUUUAUGUCUCAGCUCAGAUCCCUCCUUGCCGGCCCUGGCUGACUUCCACCAAGCCUUCCCCGUUGUCUUCCUGGACUCUUCAGGCCUUCUCAACCUCUGCGCUGAUGUCACUGCCUCCACUUACCACCAGGUGCAGCAUGAGGCGAGGCUAUCUAUGGUGUUGCUGGACAGCAAAGCUGACGACGGAUUCCAGCUGCUAUUGAUGACUCCCAAACCUAUGGUCCGGUCUUUUGACCACAUCCUGCAUCUCCAUCCACUGAGUCGCCUGCAGGCAGCGUGUCACCGGCUAAAGCUCUGUCCAGAACUGCAGGACAGUGGUGGAGACUAUGUCUCAGCUGUUUUGGGCCCACUAACCACCCUCCUGAAGCAGGGUCUGGGAAGCCGACUGCAGCUGCUGGCUCACUCUCGGCCCUCAGUCCCAGAGUGGAACAUUAGCCAAGAUCCACCAAAACACAAAGACUGUGGGACCCUGACCUUGGGAUUGCUCCUCCAGCCUGAGGGACUGACCAGUGUCCUCGAGCUGGGUCCAGAGGCUGACCAGCCUGAGGCUGCUGACUUCCGCCAGUUUUGGGGACCCCGCUCAGAGCUUCGACGCUUCCAGGAUGGAGCCAUUCGGGAAGCUGUGGUCUGGGAGGCAGCCUCUCUAUACCAGAAGCGUCUUAUCCCCCAUCAGGUGGUCACCCACCUCUUGGCACUCCAUGCUGACAUCCCAGAUACCUGUGUCCACUAUGUGGGGGGCUUCCUGGAUGCACUGAUCCAAGGCCCAAAAGAGACUUCUAGCACAGGAGAGGAGGCCCUCACAGAGGCAGUGCGUUGCUAUGACGACCUUAGCCGUCUGCUGUGGGGCCUGGAGGGUCUCCCUCUGACUGUGUCUGCUGUUCAGGGAGCCCACCCAGUGCUGCGCUACACAGAGGUAUUCCCACCAACCCCAGCCCGACCCGCCUACUCCUUUCAUGAACACCUCCGAGAGCGGGCCUCGCUAUUGCCCCGGCCUGAUAAGCCCUGCCCAGCAUAUGUGGAGCCCAUGACUGUGGUCUGUCACCUGGAGGGCAGCGGUCAGUGGCCUCAGGAUGCUGAGGCUGUGCGGCGGGUCAGAGCUGCCUUCCAGCUGCGCCUGGCAGAGCUGCUGACACAGCAACAUGGACUGCAGUGCCGUGCCACCGCCACACACACUGAUGUCCUCAAGGAUGGGUUUGUGUUCCGGAUCCGCGUGGCCUAUCAGCGGGAGCCACAGAUCUUGAGGGAGGUGCACAGCCCCGAGGGGAUGAUCUCUCUCAGGGACACACCUGCCUCCCUCUGCCUUGAAAGAGACACAAAGCAGUUGCCCCUGCUCACCAGUGUUCUGCAUGGACUUCAACAGCAGCACCCAGCCUUCUCCGGUGUAGCUCGGCUGGCCAAGCGGUGGGUGCGUGCCCAGCUUCUGGGUGAGGGAGUCAAUGAUGAGAGCCUGGAUCUGGUGACUGCUGCCCUUUUCCUGCACCCUGAGCCCUUCACCCCUCCCAGCUCCCCCCAGGUUGGCUUCCUUCGAUUCCUUUCCCUGCUAUCAACCUUUGAUUGGAAGAACAAUCCCCUCAUUAUCAACCUUAAUAGUGAGCUCAAGGCGGAGGAGCAGGUGGAGAUCCGCAGUGGUUUCCUGGCAGCUCGGACACGACUCCCUGUUAUGGUCCUCAUUACUCCUCAGGACCACAAAGGCUCUGUGUGGACGCAGGAUGGACCUUCAGCCCAGAUCCUUCAGCGGCUUGUGAUUCUAGCAGCUGAGGCUCUGCCUAUUCUGGAGAAGCAGCUGAUGGAUCCCCGGGGACCUGGGGACAUCAGGACAGUGUUCCGGCCACCCUUGGACAUAUAUGAUGUGCUGAUCCGCCUGUCUCCCCGCCACAUUCCUCGGCACCGCCAGGCUGUGGACUGUCCAGCUGCCUCCUUCUGCCGUGGCCUGCUCAGGGAGCCACAGCCCUCAUCGCUGAUGCCAGUGCUGGGUUAUGAUCCUCCUCAGCUUUAUCUGGCACAGCUCAGGGAGGCCUUUGGGGAUCUGGCCCUUUUCUUCUAUGACCAGCAUGGUGGAGAGGUGAUUGGUGUACUCUGGAAGCCCACCAGCUUCCAGCCCCAGCCCUUCAAGGCUUCUAGCACCAAGGGCCGCAUGGUGGUGUCUCAAGGUGAGGAGCUGGUGAUGGUGCCCAAUGUAGAAGCAAUCUUGGAGGACUUUGCUGUGUUGGGUGAAGGCCUGGUGCAGGCUGUGGAGGCCCGAAGUGAAAGGUGGACUGUGUGAUCCCAGCUUUGGAGCAAGCAGUUGGUGAACCUCAGGAGCAAGAUGUCAUUGCAUAUGGACCCUCCGUAAACGGCCUGAUGGCCUGAACACACCAAAUCAUCCUCAAAGAAAGUCCUGACCCUAUUUUCUGUCUAUUGCUUCGGCACUGAGGCAGGACCAUGGUGUCUUGUAGUUCCCUGGGCCUGAUCACCUGAACAGCAAGAAGAGGACUAGGAGCUAACUCAGAGGGAACUGAAUCUAGGAGACUAUCACCUGUCAGCACUGGGCCUGGACCUUUACUUUUUUCCCCCCUCUUAGCCUUCUCCCAGAAGCAGUUGGAGAAGAGGCUGUGUGCCUGGGUUGGAGGCUCUGUCCCCAUCCCGGCAGGACAUAUGCCCAGAUCUCAUUGUGCCCUUCACUGUAGUAUCAGGCCUUCAGAUGGGUCCCAAAGGUGUGGUGCUUCCUCAGAGUCAUAGCACCAGCACUGAGCAGUGGAAACAGGGCUACGUGUACAUAAAUAGACCACAUUGAAAGCACACAAUGCCGUCCUAUGUUGGUGCUACUGCUUCCUGGAGUGGAGAAAGUGGAAAAGGGCAGAACAGGAAGGAGCUGGGUGGGUUAAAGGGUCAGGUGGUCCCCCAGUCCAGGACAGAUAUAGAAGCCAUUGGUGCUACCCCCUAGCCUGUCCGUGUCCGAGUUCCACCAGCUCUGUACAGCUGCCCAUUCGUGUCAGACUGGCCCUGCUAUGUACUUGCAGUGGAGUUGCAGAGAUGAGUACCCAAGUCCUGCUCCCCUGGGGCCCCAGGGGAGGGGGAAUAUGGCCUCUUUCAGUGUAGUUCACACCCCUUUUCUGGCAGCUGCUCCCUGCUCCUGUUUCCUGUAAUCAUGGCAGUUUUUCCAGACUCAGCUCAAAUAGUGCCCCUCCUAAGCCGUGCCUUCGCCCCUAGCCUGAGGUGCCCUUUCCCUGCUGAGGUGAAAGCAGUUAUUCCCUGUUGAGUGCAGCCAUGCACAGCAGUGUGAACCCUUUUCUUGAACCCUCAUUUAAAAUUAAAAUCCUUAAUUUUGUCCA